AUGUGUACCGCAUUCCGGAUAUACGUUCUAUCAGUUAUCUGUGUCGUAGUUGCUUCGGGCAAUGUGCACGGACCUCGAAGAUCCCGUAGGAUGGAGGUCGACGAUUCUGCGCAGAACGAAAUUGACAGUGGGCGAGCUGAGGACAGUUCUUGGUGGUGGACAGGAGAACUCUCUGUUCUACAGAAACUUUACGACGAUUGCAGUGCGCAAAAACAUAUGUCCAUGUGUUUGAAGGGCAAGGCUUUAAUGGCACUCACGAGAGCAGUGGAACAGGAGAGCGUUCAGCUCGCUGAUGGGCUGACGUUGGUGAAGCAAGCUGACGCACCCUCCGCUGUUGCGGAGCCACGCUUCUUCCCUGGUAUGUCCACAGAAGACAAGCUGGAUACUAUGUUGCGUACGAGAUUCGAGCAAUUAAUGAGCACGCAUACAAUCUCAAUGGAUUUGGCUACGGAAGGCAGGGGUAGAGGUAAAAAGGUUUUACCCUACCUAUUACUCGGUAUUUUCACUACCGUAACAAUUGUGGGAGGUAUGGCACUAAAGACUCUAGCUGCCAUUGCCGGUAAAGCUCUGAUCGCCAGUAAGGUUGCCCUGACUAUUGCUGGUAUCAUCGCUCUGAAGAAACUGUUCAGCCAUGACGGAGCUCCCGCUGAAACUACCUUCCAAGUACAUGCUGAUGGACACCAUAGGUAAAGUUUAA